CUCACCUCUCAAACCCAACCCAAAAUCUCUUCCUUUCUUCCUUCCAGUUCCAGCCCUCCCCAGCUGGGAAGCGGCGUCAAGGGCCAUGGCGGUCCGCCGUCGCCAGCUCCUCCUGCCGGCGCUCGCCGCCCUGCUGCUCAUCCUCGCCGGACGCUCCAACAAGAAGCUCCAGGCGGUUAAGGUGAAGAGCUGGGUGAGUGGAACCCAGGGUACGACCGUUACUGGAAUGAGCGCGACAUUCGGAGCCACCUUUCCUACAACUGUCAACGAGGCUCAGAGAACAUGUGCUGCUCUCACCAACCCUCUUGACUGCUGCUCAAAUACAACCUCAGAGUUAACGGAUUCUGUCGCCUUAGCGACACGUGGACAGUGUGCUCUCACCGCUAAAGCGGAAACUGCACACUGCACAGGCUGCUGACGAUGAAGAACUUCAUAAGAUGGUUUGCAGUGUCACUGAUGCUUCAAUUAACGAGACAAGUCGACCAGUUGUGGACCCUUCAGCAUGCUUCUUGUGGAUAAUGGCUGCAGGAACUAUAGCCUGCGCCUCGCUCUUGCAGGGACCGAAUUCUGGAACAAACUACAGACAAGAUAAACCAAUCAUUGAAAUCACCGCCAAGAGAGCUGUUCUUCUUCUUGUAGUAGCUUCACUUUUCCUUAUCCUCCGGUUCUACUUCAUGUCCUCUUGGAUCACCUGGCUGCUAAUUGUGACAUUUUGCAUUAGUGGCAGUGAGGGUAUGCAUUUUUGCUUGGUGACAAUUAUCUCUAGGAUUUUUAAGGAUUGCAGAAAUAAUACUGUACAGUUGCCCUUGUACGGGGAGGUCUUAACCUUGUCUCUUGGAGUGGUACCAUUCUGUACGGUCUUUGCCAUUCUAUGGGCUGCUUAUAGGCAUUCUUCGUUUGCCUGGAUAGGUCAAGACAUCCUUGGUAUCUGCACAAUGAUAAACACGCUUCAGACAGAGCGCUUACCUAAUAUCAGGGUUGCAUCAGUUCUUCUUAGUGCUGCAUUUGUGUAUGACAUCUUCUGGGUCUUCAUUUCACCUCUUGUAUUCCAUGAGAGUGUUAUGAUUGCAGUUGCAAGUGGUGGCGUCUCAGGGGAAGCGAUUCCGAUGCUCCUAAGAAUACCUCAUUUCUUUGAUCCAUUGGGUGGCUAUGCCAUUUUAUGCUUUGGUGAUAUUAUUUACCCUGGACAGCUCAUUGCAUUCAGCUACAGAUUUGACAGGGCAGGCAAAAAAGGUAUCUUGAAUGGAUAUUUUCUAUGGCUGACCGUGGGAUAUGUUGUUGGCCUUUUCCUUACCUAUCUUGCGUUCUUCCUAAUGGAUGGACAUGGUCAACCGGCAUUGAUGUACCUAGUUCCAUGCACCCUAGGGCUUAUUGUUGUGCUUGGCUGGAUAAGAGGUGAACUGCCUCACUUGUGGAACUACGGAAGAAGACCGGAAAAUUUAGUCGGUGAAGUUGAAAUGUGACGAGACAGGGUUUAAACUCGAAAGCAGUCAUCCUUCGAUAACUUUGUAAGGUGGUUUGCAGAACAUUAUAAGAUGGUCUGCAGUGACAGUGACACCUCAAUCCCGGCCAUAAUGAUACCACAAUCAGAGGAGGGAAGAAUCUGACGGACUUGUUGGAUCAUGGAGCAAGGGAUAAGUGCAUACAGGGCCGGCCCUAGGCCAUGGCAAGAAGUGCGACGGCCUAGGGCCCAUGUCAAAUAAGGGCUCAUUACAUCUACAUGCAUGAAUACAUUACUUUUUUUUUACAAAACACGUCAACACAAAGGAUAACUUUGCUCAUGGAUAUUUAACUCGAUCAAUCAUGAAUGAAUAGUUAAGUUAGAAUUAUGGGGUUUGGCCUGCUGCUCA